AUGGACGAAGGUAAUUCUGGUGGACCCCUUGUUAAUGUCGAUGGAGAAGUUGUUGGUGUUAAUAUUAUGAAAGUAUUGGCUGCUGAUGGUUUGGGGUUUUCAGUACCAAUUGACUCUGUUUCCAAAAUUAUAGAGCACUUCAAAACUAAUGGGUAUCUACUACAACUUGCAUGCAUCUACUUACUCCCAAGGUUUAAUUGCAUAAAAUGCAUUAACUUUUCAGUGAACUACAUGAGUUUUUUGUGCUCACAUACACUUCAAUGCCUUUAUUAG